UCUCUCAGCUCUUCAACCUUCACUUCUGCAGAAGUGAUGGAGGGGAGGGGUAAAACCCUCCGUUUGGGAUUAAAGCAGUGCUCAUAGAGCGUGUGUGCGCACUCAGCGGCAGCAGCAACAGUUCCUUCAACACGAAGUUCCCUCCACAGAGACUUCCAUGGCUAGAUAUAAGCCCUGGCUGCUGUGCUGCUUCAUCCUGGCUGGUCUGAUUUGCGCUGUCGCCGUCGUCUGCCUGUGCGUCGCCACGCUGGUGGACAGAGGAUGUCCGAGCGGCAGCUUCAGGCACGCAGCUGUGUCUGCAGACUCUCAGCUCUGCUCCGAGGUCGGCAGGGACAUCCUGCAGCAGGGGGGGUCAGCAGCAGAUGGCGCCAUUGCAGCUCUUCUGUGCACAUCUGUGGUCAACCCUCAGAGCAUGGGGAUUGGAGGAGGGUCUAUAAUUACCAUAAGAAAUAAAACAGGCAAUGUUGAAGUCUACAACUUCAGAGAAACGGUGCCGCAGACUUACAAGCCUGACCUGUUAAAGGACUGUCCCACCACAUUCAGAAUGAGCACAGGCCCCCAGUGGAUCGGCGUUCCUGGAGAGCUGCGGGGCUACUGGGCAGUUCACAAACAGUAUGGGAAGCUGCCUUGGGCCAAGCUGUUUGAGCCAACUAUUCGACUGGCCAGGGAGGGCAUCGACAUGCCGCCUUUUCUGGCAAACCUCCUGAACAACCCCCUUGUGAGAAAUCACGUGGAAAAGUCCUCUCUCUGUAAAGUUUUUUGCAACAAGAAUAAAACCAUCCUGGGCGAAAAUGACAUCCUGAAGUUUCCAAAACUUGCAGAAACCAUGGAAAUAAUAGCAAAACAAGGGGCAGAGGCCUUCUAUACCGGCAAGAUAGGACACGACUUAAUCGCAGACAUUAAAGCUACAGGUGGGACGUUAACAAUGGAGGAUCUGAAGUCCUUUAAGGUGCGGGUGGAGGUUGCGUGGACAGUUCCUCUGGGAGAUACUCAGAUGCACAUCCCUCCACCACCUGCCGGGGGCGCCAUCCUUGCCUUCAUCCUCAAACUGAUGAAAGGGUUCUCCUUGACUCCAAGCUCCCUGGAUGGUUACCAGAAGAUUCAGACGUACCAUCAUUAUAUUGAGGCAGCUAAAUUUGCUAAUGGGCAAAAGAGGAACAUUUUUGAUCCUGUCUUUAAUGGCAAAAAGGGCGCAGAUCAUUUGAUUGAUCCCUCCUUUAUCAAUCGCAUCAGGGAGAGGAUUCUUUCAAACACAUCCCAUGACAACUCCUACUACAACGUCAAGCCCUCCUCCGAUCAUGUGGGGACGACACACGUGUCCGUCCUGGAUGAAGACGGACUGGCCGUCUCCGCCACCAGCACAAUAAACCAAUUGUUUGGAGGAACCAUUUACUCUCCACGAACAGGCAUCAUCCUCAACAAUGAGCUGUCUGACUUCUGUCAGAGAGCAGACACAGUGAGGGCAGGCGAACAGCCUCCUUCCUCGAUGACUCCAGUGAUACUGGAGUCGAAGUCUGGAGGGCUCCUUGUGAUUGGCGGAUCGGGAGGAAGCAUGAUUACCUCGGCGGUGGCCUUGUCUAUAAUGAAUCGCCUGUGGCUGGGGAUGAAUCUGAAAGACGCCAUUGCUGCGCCCAUAGUGUUUGUUGAUUCCACGAACAAUGUGAAUUUUGAGCCCGGUUUUGACAAGUCUGUGAAAGAUGGCCUCAAAGAGCUUGGACACAAAUAUGGGGACUGGAAAUAUUUCUUCAAUGUUGUCAAUGCUGUGGAAAAGGAGAAUGGCUGCAUCGCAGCCGUAUCGGACAGCAGGAAGAGAGGGGUUUCAGCUGGAUACUGACAGUACAGAUCAUGUGGAAGCACCACCUUCCCAGCAAAACCCGCCCCAAAGACUAACUGACUCAACCUUUGACCUUAAGAACAAGGAAUGUGCCGAAAAUGUGACAACAGAAUGUGAGCAUUUUGGAGCUUGAGUUGUUUUCCUGGUGGAAAAGGAAGCUACUAGAUAAUUCUGGUUUAUCAAAACAAGUAUACUUGUUUUUGUAGUUUGGACCAUUACUAUUGAUUAGACAACGAUGUACUCACUAUGGAAACUGCAGAGAUCUUGGAAAUUUGCUCAAAUGUGUGAGAUGGGGCAAGAAACACAAGUGGUCAGAGGAUCAGACUGUCAAAAUCACUUCAUUGGAGGUAAACUCAAGAGGUUUUUUUCCAAAUUUAGUGCAAAAUUUUGCAAAAUCAAACGUUCUGUAUUUUCACUCAGGUUUUUCUGUCCACAAAUUGAAGAUGCACAAGAAAACAGGUGGAUGGAAAAGCGCUCACAAUAAUAAACAAUGUGCAAGCACAAAAGUUGUUGACAUUUUUGAACAGCAGUUUAAUCUUCACUCGCUGUCCACUUACCAGCUUUGUCUGCAGCUUUCACCUGCAGCUCACAGUCUUCAUCACCGCAUGGAGCUUGCUCAGUUGUCAUAACAAAUGAAAAGCCAGUGGACUUUGAUUUAAAUUGAAGUAGUUCUUAAUAUUCACCCCCUCGGUUAGCCAGAUAAAUCUGAUCAACCACAGGGACUGUUUAAAAACUGCUUUAUUAUCUGACUACUUGGUGUCUUCCCCCAUCACUCUUCUUUUUAGCAGUGUUGACAGAUCUUAGCAAAUAGCUAGGUGAGGGUGUUCCAGUAAACCUUGUCCUCUGUGUCCAUGCGACCGCCCCAUAUCCAAUCCCUUUCAGUCCAGCCAGAUGUCGCACACGCACCCUGAUGUCACGCAAACGACCAACGCACAGUAAGCACACUACGAGGCUGCCGCUCUCACUGCCAAGAUCUGCUUUUAUGAGGACUACACCUUCCUGACCAAAUGUGUUCGCGGCAUGAGCCAUAAAAGCGGAUCUACUGUCGUGUCCAACACAACCAAACUAAACGCUCUGUCGAGGGAAGUCUGUUGACAGUGAUGAGCGUUUUCAUUUCUGACUGAACGACCUAAUCCUAUGUAAGAAGUGUAUUCUGUAAAUGAGCCAUGUAGCCUUUUCAAAGUGACUGAAGUUGAAGGCUGUUGUGGGAUGUCAGCUGCCCAAACCGGGAACUUUUACUGUGACCUUAAAGAUUUUACUGUAUGUGAAAACACCCUGAGCAUACUGUGAUGUGUGUUCAGAGAUUAAGGAAAUCCUGUUAAAUUUCAGUUAAAAACAGAUCCACAAUGCACAAAGUGUAUUUUCACGCCACCGACAUAGAAUUUUGUAUUUUCUCUGUGUUUUGAUAUGUGAGACAUUUUUACAACUAUUAACUGUGAAUACCUGUGUUGUCAUAAUAAAACAUAUUAAAGCUUAA